GCUGGUGUGGAAAUUUCUGCGCCAGCACUUUCUCCAUAGUGAUCAAAGAAUGAAAGAAAAACAGGGAGCUCAGUGUAUGUAACUUGCUCUCUCUCUCUCCGUCGUUCGUGUAUGUGUUCAUCAUCCUUUAAUUUCGAAUGUGGAUCUCCACAAUUUCAUCUUCAUCUCUUAUUGAUUUUUUUUCCUCAGUUCCCAAUAACUUACCGAAAAAUUCAGGAUUUUUUUGACCUCUCUGUCCUUGUAUAUUUUCAUACCAAAAAACUCGAAACCCUAUCUGAAAACACAUCAUGAUUGCUUUCUUGUCAGUUCAUAAUCCAGGAAGCAGUAGAAAUUAAUUGAUUCAUUUUUGCACUUCAGAACGCACUUAAUAAUCCCUAGCUAUGGUAGCUCUUCUGCAUUCUGUGACUCCUCUCCCAACGCCAGCUUCAGACGCUACAAGAAAACCAUGUUGCUUCUUCUCUCAACUCCCAAAUCUCCAUAGUCUUUCACUUAACAACGGUUUCUCUAGGGUUUUAGCCGCUACCCAUGUCACAAUUCCUUCAAAGGAAACUGUUUUCACUCUACCCAGUUGGAGGAAUGUGAAAAAUGAUCCGAAAACCAGGGAACUUAAACUCAAUGACGCUUUUCUGUACUUGGAAUACAUGGUGGAGAAGGGCCAUAGGCCUGAUCUAGCUCAAUCCACCCAACUCUUAUAUGAUCUCUGCAAGUCCAAUAAGAUUAGGAAAGCCAUUAGAGUUAUGGGCAUUCUGGUUAGUUCAGGUAACACGCCAGAUGUAGGUUCUUAUAUUUUCUUGGUGAAUCAGUUGUGCAAGAGGGGAAAUGUUGGAUAUGCAAUGCAGUUAGUUGAAAAGAUGGAGGAAUAUGGUUUCCCACCCAACACCAUCACAUAUAACUCACUUGUUAGAGGCCUUUGCAUGCAUGGGAACUUGCAAAAAAGCUUUCAACUUCUGGAUAGAUUGAUGCAGAAAGGGCUGGUCCCAAAUGUAUUCACCUACUCAUUCUUGCUUGAAGCCGCUUACAAGGAGAGAGGCGUAGAUGAGGCAAUGAGGCUCUUGGAUGAGAUAAUUGCUAAGGGUGGAAGGCCUAAUUUAGUUAGCUAUAAUGUUUUGUUAACCGGGUUAUGCAAGGAAGAUAGAAUUGGGGAAGCUAUUAAAUUCUUCAGGGAUUUACCUAUGAAGGGAUUUAAUCCGAAUGUAGUGAGUUAUAACAUCUUGUUGAAGAGUUUGUGUUAUGAAGGACGGUGGGAGGAGGCAAAUGAGCUCCUGGCCGAGAUGGAUGGUGAGGAUCGAACCCCAUCUUUAAUAACUUAUAAUAUCUUGAUUGGUUCACUUGCACUCCAUGGCCGAACUGAUGAUGCUUAUGAAGUUUUGGUGGAGAUGCUGAGGAACAGGUAUAAACCCAAUGCUGCAAGCUACAACCCAUUAAUUGCUCAGUACUGUAAAGAGGGAAAAGUUGAUCUUGUAGUGAAGUGUUUAGACCAAAUGAUGUAUAGGCACUGUAGUCCUAAUGAGGGGACAUAUAAUGCCCUUGCAGUGCUAUGCAAAGAGGGUAAAGUGCAGGAAUCCUUCUCCAUACUCCAAAGCUUGGGUAAUAAACAAAACUCCUCCAUGCAUGACUUCUACAGGAAUGUUGUAUCAAGCUUGUGUAGGAAAGGAAACACUUUAGCUGCAUUUCACCUUUUAUAUGAGAUGACUAAGAGUGGUUUUACUCCUGAUUCCUACACCAAUUCAUCCUUGAUAAGAGGUCUGUGUUUGGAAGGGAUGCUAGCUGAGGCAAUGGAGAUAUUUACAGUAAUGGAAGAGAAUGAUUGUAGGCCUGAUAUUGACAAUUAUAAUGCCCUUAUACUUGGGUUAUGCAAGGCUCAAAGGACAGAUCUAUCACUGGAAGUGUUUGAGAUGAUGAUUGAGAAGGGCUAUAUGCCAAAUGAGACUUCCUAUACUAUUUUAGUGGAAGGCAUUGCCCACGAAGAAGAAAUCGAGCUGGCAGCAGAGGUACUGAGAGAGUUGUACCAGAAACAUGUCCUGAGUUGGAAUACUGUAGAAAGACUUGUGAUGCAGUAUGACCUAUAAGCAAAGAAGUCUGAGUACAGAAAAGAAGAUAAACCUGAUGUAGAGUUGAUCCCACACAAAAUGAUUGGGUAAAUAAAUUCUGGCUCUUUCGAUCGAGAUGGGACUCCAACAAAGGAUUCUAGAUAGUGAUGGAGGAUUAUUACAGAAUGAUGUAAUGUCAUGAUCUUGAUUCUGGUCUUAACUUUUAAAAUAGUUUGAGACAUAAAAGUAUAAAGAUCAUUCUGCAGGUGAAAUUUGAUCUCUUGCUGCAUGUACGCUACUUGGAUUUAUGAAUUGAUGAUCUGAGUAUGAGAUUAAAUAUGUAUAAUCUCCCUACCCAAUGCAACCUAUCUAUAUGUAUUAUCUUAAAUUGCCCAAACCAAGUUAUUGUUUUUUCAUAGUUUGUAUGAUUGAUUAGGUUCACCUUGAAAUCAUUUUGUUUAGACAUGAAAAAGAAGAUUUCAUUCAGUUUUUGCCAA